GAUCCAGUUCAACUUAAUACAUGUGGUCAUCGAUUAUGUCAAUCUUGUUUUGCUACUCUUAAUCAAACUAUAAUCAAAUGUCCUCAAUGUGACAUAGAAACUCCACAAGAUCAAGUAAUGCUUGAUCGAGGUUUCAAAAAUGACAUGCAAUCUUUACCUAUCAUUUGUUCACAUUGUAAUUGGACUGAUAUCUUAAAAAAUUAUCAAGAACAUCUUGAUCAAUAUCAUCGAAAUCCAAUAUGUAAUUAUUGUGAUGAACAAUUCAAUUCAGUUAAUCAACUCAAUCAACAUAAAGCAUUUCAAUGUCAAAAGAUUACUCUUCAAUGUUUAUUAAAUAACUUUGGUUGUCAUCAACAGAUUCUUCGUUGUGAACUAAUAAAUCAUUAUCAAAGUAAACAACAUCAAGAUUCAAUACUAAAUGUUAUUCAACAAAUGAAAUUACAAUUAAGAGAUUCUCAAAUGAUAUCUAAUCAAAUGAAUAUUGAUACUUCUCGAACAACUACAAUUAUAGAUAAUGAUUUUGCUAUAAAUCAAUUGGAAGAACUUCAUGAAGCUAUUAGUAUUUUAGCAAGUGGUACAGAAACAUUGAAUAGAGAUGUACAACGUCUAAAUAGUGAAAUAGUUGAAUAUGAAAAUAAGUUACAACAUUUAAUAGAAACUGUUUCAAAUGUGAAAUCAUCUGUUGAAGAGGAACAUGGUUAUUAUGAAGCAAUUACACGAAAUCUAGAACUUUUAAAUCAAGAUUUAUUGUCAUUAGAAGAAAAGAUUGAUGAUAUUCAAUAUAUAUCUUAUGAUGGAACAUUUGUAUGGAAAAUUCCAAAAGUUCAAGAGAAAUUAGCUGAUGCUCAAUCAGAACGUCAAACAUCAAUUUAUUCACCUCCAUUUUAUUCAUCACCGAUUGGUUAUAAAAUGCGAGUUCGACUUUAUCUAAAUGGUGAUGGUAAUGCUCGACGUACACAUAUGUCAUUGUUUUUUGUUUUGAUGCGUGGGCGAAAUGAUCCAAUAUUAAAAUUUCCUUUCAAUUAUAAAGUUACAUUUUGUUUGUAUGAUCAAACUUCUCAAGAACGACAUAUUAUCGAUUCUUUUCGACCAGAUAUUCGAUCAAAUAGUUUU